AUGUCGGCCUCCGCCAGCCUCCAACUCCGAUUAGGUGCAACCCAGCUCAAGAAUUGGGACGUUCACCGAGUAUCAGGAGAUGGAUUUACGGCUCUCAUCCGAUCAAUUUCACAGAAACAAAAGGAUCCUUCUACUAGGGGUGUGUUCGACGCAGCUGCCCAGCUGAAGCUGCCUCCAAUGCAUGUUCUCGACAUUGGAGGAGGGUUCCAGGAAAGCCCAACGUUCCACGAAAUUGCUGCAGUCAUAAAGGAAGCCAUCAAUGAUUAUUUCCCAAGUUCUGAAACAUCUGAAGAUCUCAAGAUAAUGGCUGAGCCAGGGAGAUUCUUUGCUGAAACUGCAUUCACGCUGGUGUCUAAUAUAAUUGGGAAACGGGUGAGAGGCGAGAAGAGAGAGUAUUGGAUUGAUGAUGGGAUCUACGGAUCCUUUAACCUUCCAGCAUAUGAUAAGUCGUCCAUGAUGGUGAAACCGCUGCUUGGAGGAUCAGAGUGGAUGAAUAAGGCUAAAUUCUGUUCGACUGUGUUUGGACCAAUGUGUGAUUCCAUGGACAUGGUGCUGGCUGAAUCUCAACUGCCGGAGCUGCAUAUGAAUGAUGUGCUGGUGUUCUAUAACAUGGGGGCAUACACUGCCUCUGCUGGAACCAGAUUCAAUGGCUUUGACAUAUCAUCAAUUUCCACCUUCCUGACGUAG